AAAAAUGGCUGGCAAUUAAAGAUGGCUCUUGUUGGGAUCUUGGCUCUAAUUUGUAAUUAUUAACACAAUAUUUAGGACAAUUUCGAAGGAUAAAAUAGAAACAAAAAUUCAAGAAACUUUGUGAAAAUGUUCGACUGGCUUGGUCAGUCAGGUUAAGCGGCGUUGGGUGAGGCCAGUAAGUGGCCGGGAGACCACACGGCCAGCCUCAAGUAGGACUUGGAGAAGCUGAAGAUGGUCGAGGAAUGAGGGAAGAGAAGCAUGAGAAGAAAGGUUGGAGUAAUAGAAUAAGACGAGCCAGGCAGACAGGAGCCCAUGGCGCACACAGCACCGUAGUCCAGCCCUAGGCCUACCCCUCACGGCCUAUACCAGCAGCAGCAGCUUGUGUGACCCUCCACACCAUACUUACCGUGAGUGAGAGUGAGGGUAUAGUGAGGAGAGUGUGAGAAGAGAGUGAGAGCCGAGCCAGGCCGACAGGAACCUUCCCCCAGACACCCAUGGCGCACACUGGAGUCCAGCACUAGGCCUACCCUCACAGCCUAGACCAGCAGCAGCCUAUUGUGACCCUCCUCACCAUACUUACCGUGAGUGAGAGUGAGGGUACAGUAAGGAAGGAGAGAGAGAGAGAGGGAGGGAGAGCCCGGGCCAGCAGCCUCCAGCCGCCAUGUCGUGUAACUACGCUGAUGGCCUCAGCAAGUACGAGAAUAAAGGCAAACUUGGCUUACCUGAGAAAUUUGACUCUCCUGAGGAGGUGGAGAGAAAGGUGCAAAUGCUGGCUGAGUGGGUGAAAGAAUCAAGCCAUACAGUUUUCCAUACUGGAGCAGGCAUUAGUACCUCUGCAGGUAUACCAGAUUUUAGGGGUCCAAAAGGAGUAUGGACUUUGGAGAAGCAAGGAUUGAAACCAGACAUAAAUGUAUCCUGGGAUGAUGCGAAGCCAACACUCACUCACAUGGCCAUUGUCAGUUUAGAACGUAAUGGAUAUGUGCAGUAUGUGAUUACACAGAACAUAGAUGGUCUCCACCUUAGGUCAGGGCUACAACGUAAAAGAUUAGCAGAGCUUCAUGGUGACAUGUAUGUGGAUAAGUGCAACUUUUGCCAUAGACAAUUUGUAAGGAGCACUGCAGUCACAACUGUUGGCCAGAAAAGUGAAGGCAAGUCAUGUCCAGGAAAACGUGGAAACGGAAGACGGUGCCGCGGGAAGCUUCACGAUACUGUUUUGGAUUGGGAAGAUGGAUUGCCCGAUGCUGAUCUUGACUUGGCCGUUUCUCACUCAUGUGCUGCUGACCUAAGCAUAUGUUUGGGCACAACUCUGCAAAUUGUGCCCAGUGGUAACAUUCCUGUUGACACCAAGAAGCGAGGGGGUAAACUGGUCAUAUGUAACCUUCAACCUACAAAACAAGACCGCCAUGCAGACCUCAUCAUCAACACCUACGUCGAUAAUGUCAUGAAACGUCUUCUAGAACUUUUGAAUAUCCCUAAAAUGGAAUACAACCCUGAUGACGACCCCAUGAAGCUGACAGAGAGAAUGCUAGAUGAACACAGGAAGACUCGCCUAGGCAACACAAAUCAGAAUGGCAGCUCAAUGAACUCUGACUAUGAUUUUGAACCCAUUGAAUGGACAAUACCAGAAAAAUGGGUAAAGGAUAAGGAGUUGGCAGAAAAAGUGAAAAAUAAGCCACCAAUCAAGAUAAAACGACAAAGUAAAAGUGCAUGUGACAGCAAUUUGAAUGGCAUAAAGAAGGCAAAAAUAAGGAUUAAAGGUAAACUUGACUUGGAAUAUAGUGGUGGUGACACAACAGUAGAUACCAUAAAACAAGAAGAAAUUGAAUCUUAUAGCAGUGGGAAGAUAGCAGACAAUUGGAAUGAUGAUGUGAAAAACUUAAUUAAACAUGAAGACUCUAAGUUAGUAAAGGAACAAAUUGGAGAACUAAAAGAGGAAUUUAAUAAAAUGGCUAAUGAGCACUCAAUUACUGAAGCUAAAAAUGGAAAUGAAAUUAAAUUAUGAGGCUAAGAUAUACGACUCCAUAAAAAUUAGGUUACCCUGUAUGCAUAACAUUUCUGUAAGUAUGAAUAUGUUUUUUACUGUGGAGUAUAUAAAAACAAUGCAAAAAAGUGUUCAUCUAUCAUCACAACCACCUUUUCAAAGUUAUUUUGACUGUGAUAAUGUUAAUAGAAUAUAUUCUUCUAGAUCAGGGGUUCUUAACAGGUUUGUGUACACCUUGUUCUCUCUCUCUCUCUCUUUCUCUCAUUCGUUUUAGUUCAUUUGUUCAAAUGUUCCAAGGUUGCUCUGUUAACUAAAGCAACCUUGGCACAUGUGCACUAUAGAGUACCAGGGGUACAUAAACCACAGUGAUUACUCAUUCUAGAUGCUUGAGUUUUUAACUCUUCAAUAGUAACUAGUAAAAUCUAGUUACUAUAUUAAUCUAGUAAUAUACUUUACUAUAUACUAUACUAGUAAAAUCACUAGUAACUCUUCAACGUUAUGAAGUAGCUCAUCCCUCUGCUAGUGGUUCUGCUAGCAUACUCAGAAUAGAUCAAAACAUCUCUUUAGUCCUAAAAAAUAAUUGUAAGGUAGUAAUUCUUAAAUUGCUUAAACCGAGAUAAUUGCAACUACAGUAUUGAGAAAAAUUUAAUAAUUGAUAGAAUAGCUCAUCCUGUGCUCAGUAACUGGUUGCCAGAAAAAAUUUGAGCAAUGUGUUUUUUUAAGGUUCAAUAUCUUGCUUACUGUAUUUGUUCAAAUAUUUUAAUUAAUUUAAUCUACAAUUUAAUUUAUCACAUCACAUCAAGGGAUCCUAUGUUAGAUUUGUUAAGCCUUCUAAGUAAUAUCAAUAAAAUUAAGUAUUUGUA